GAGCAACUUAACAGUUGUAAAACAAAGCACAACUACAAUGAACAACAUAAAUUAUAACAGUAAAAAAAACAUACAAAACAUGACAAAAUUACUCAUGAAACCCUGUAUAUAUAUAUAUAUUACAUUGAUUUAAAAUGCAUAAUAAAAUGUAAUACUGGUGAAGAAAACGCAGAGCUGAUCCUAAUACGUACCACAGUUACAGACAGGAACCGAAGAAGGAGGUGAACUGACUGUUACUGGUUGCUAUGGUAACCGCCAAUUGUCAAGAGUAACAUAACUUAACACAGCAGUAAAAGUCAAGAGUCAAAAUAAGUUGCUGACUAAGCAAAAUGUAUUUAAAGAAUUAAUACAUAAACCAAUUUUGGAAAACUUCACAUCUAUAAUGUUUUUAAAAAACCCUGUUACAUUUAAACUGAUGAAUACAUUAACAGAAUAUCAUCCGUUUUAAAACUACAGUUGGCAAAAUUUGCACUUUUAAAAAACAAGUUUAAAUUUCGUGGGUUCAUAUUUUAAGACUUUCUUUAGUGUGUGUAUCAAAACUAAUAGCAUUUAAUAUGUAUAUGUUAUGCCACAUAAAUACUUUAGGUUAUUUAAGCAGCAAUUAAAAAAAUAAAUGCUCUUGUGAAUAAAAAGAAAUUGGACAUUUUUGCAACUCCAUAUCUAAAGAUUAAAAUGUAUGCCUUGUCUUCUUUACAAAGUCAGAUUAAAGGGAGUGUGUCAAAGAAAAUACCAUAAUCACUUUGACUGAAACAGUAAGUUUUUUUAUCUAGACAUUCCACUUUAGCUGUGGUUGUGUAUUCUUGGCUGUUGUCUUACCAUGACACAUCUAUUUGACAAAUGCACUUUCCCUCAUAUGUUGCUGUUUCCCUUCCAUAAGCUGUGGCAAACCUGAAGCACAAAUUGAACGUCUUGCUUUUACUAAUGACUUUCUUCUUACUAUUCAUCAAUAAAGGCCAGGUUUGUGGUUUGCAGAACUGAUGGUUACGUCUACAGAUUCUCCCACCUGAGCUGUGGAUCUUAGCAGCUCCUCCAGACGUAAUCUGGGUCUCUUGGUUCCUUCUCUGAUUCAUGCUCUCCUUUCCCGGCCUGUCAUUUUAGUUGGAUGUCCGUAUUAUGUUUGCAUGUCUGCCAUUUCUUUGCAUUUUUGAACAGUGUGUUGAAGAGUGCUCCAAACGAUGUUCUCUAGCAAACCUUUACAGAUUCAAAUUACUUUUAGCUGGACCCUAUGUACUAAAAAAAUCUAACUGAAGUACACUAAAGUAUUUUGUUGUAAUAUAUCAGUGUGGAAAAGUUCUGGGGGUGUGAAAACUUAUUUCCUACACUGUAACAUGUCUGCUGAAAUGACAACUGUGAUGAGAAAAAAAAGUGUCUGAAGUGUGUGUAGUUCUAUAAACAUUGAUCUCUUGCUACAUGCCACACCAAUUGUGACCUUUGAAAAUAGAAUCCUAAUAUUUCUUACCGUAUAUUAAUUAAAAUUUUAUAAUUAGACACUUUGAUUCCUUGUUUUGUCUCUAAAGAAAUCCCUAUAGUCGCAAAUUUUAUUGUUUUCUUAUUAUUUUAUUUUGAAUGUCUCUUUUACAGAAAGACAGUUGAAAUAUGUAUUUCUGCAUAAAGUGUGGUGUAUGACUAAAAUCUGUUACUCAUUAAAGGUGGAUGAAGCCAAGCAGCAACAGCCCACAACAUCUGAUUCCAAUGACAUAAAAACCACAGUUGGCUUUGAUCCACUGAUCCUGGGACAGCAGUUCUGCCAGUGGUUCUUCCAGAUCUUGAACAGUCAGAAUCCAUCACUGGGCCAACAGCCUCAAGACUGGGGGCCACAGCAUUUCUGGCCAGAUGUGAAACUACGGCUUCUUUCCAGAGCUACGACUGAGCAGAUGGAGGAGUUCCAAGGGGCUGAAGUGGUCAGCCUUCGUCUCUUGGCCCUGACCAGUGGAGAGCGCCUUGUCUUCAGUCCCAACCUGGACCCUCACGGCCUCAGGGCAGUGGCCUCCCCCCAUGGAUUGGUUCUGGUGGGCGUGGCUGGGACUAUCCACAGAGACCAGUUCUGCCUUGGCAUCUUCGAGCAGAUAUUCGGCCUCAUCCGCUCACCCCUGAAUGAAAACAGCUGGAAGAUAAAGUUCAUCAACCUAAAGAUCAGAGGACAGGACGGCAUUGAAGGGACAGAGGUAGCAGCUCCUGCUUUAAACUACAACUCCAGUGAACUGCAGCUUCUUUGCAGCUGAUGGCAGUCAUCAUAACACUGGAUAUCUUUUACGCUAUUUUACCCAGGGAUGUUUUACUUGAUUAGGCAUGCAUACAUUAAUACACAAUUAGCUGAGUUGCCUGAACAGAUCCUGAUACUGAUACUGAAUUGGGGUUGGGGGAGAGGAACGUUUUGCUUAGUUAAUGCAAAUUGAGGCAUGACAAAUUUUUACAUUUCCUUGACAGUUUGUCUUUGCUUUUACAAAUGCAGCAAUUCUGUUGGUCUCCGGCUCGAAGCUUUUACUGAGUAAAUGGUGCUGCAAAGUUGUUCUCUGACAACUUGUGCCUUAUUUAAUAUAUUCUGUGGAUGCACUCCUGAAUAUACCUUUGUAAAUAUGUAUUAUAUAAGAGAGAGUUGACUUGUGUACAUUUAUACUGUAAUUAGAAGUAAGUCCUACAAAUUGGAUUAUUAUUUUCUCUCAAUGACAUUGCAAUCCCCGGCAAAACUGAUUACAAUGUAAUAAAACUUUUUGUUGCUUUCUUUUGAUGAGUAAGGUUAUCCAAUGAUUAUUGAUCUUGUGUUGGGCAUACAUAUUAACAGAAAUAAAUUAAGUGGACUAACGC